ACCACAUCGGCCGGCCAAGUCAAGUGGCAAUCCAGGCCAGCAGCUGCACUCACCUCGCAGCAUCAAGAAGCCCUUAACUCGUACCAAUUGCUUUGGCUUCCGGUUACGCAGUGCCCCAGGCCUGAAUCCAGACCUUCUACAUGACUCAACCUCAAGUCGACAAGAGCAAUCGUCCGGCCAACUUGCUGCCGUCGGUCCACCGUCGGUCCAGGUCCACAUUUUGCACACCAAAACGACCUCUCGCCUCUUCUCCCCCUGCCCUUGCCACGACCACAGGCCCGAAAACUGGAACCUGUCCCGUCUGGCUUCAGUGACGGCCAGAACGGCCAGAUAGGUUAGGAGGAUGCAGUCUGGCCGAAAUCGGGCAAUUGGAGAAAGCUUGAGAUCGAGGAAGGGUCGUCUGAUCUCCUCUGCUGCCACAAUUGGACUGGCUUGUGGCUCCGGAUCACAUCAAGCCGCGGUGUCUCAGCCUCUCCAUCUCCCACGGCUCGUCGAGCCUGUGGCGCCUGAGAGGCAGACGCUCAGGACAAGUCUUGCUUCACAGGCCGAGGAAGAUGGGACACGUGCAAAUACAGUUCUCGUGAAGAGGAGGAGGGAACUAACUUCCACUUCGGAGCUCCCCGCCCCAGGCUUGGUACCUGGCGAGAGACGCAUUUCCCCACCCACAGAAUGUACACAUAAAGUGUUUCGUAUUUUCCUUUCUUGUCAAAGUAGCCGAUGUGAAGAGCCGACGGCCAAACUGACCAGAAUAAAGACGGAUGGUUUCUUUGCACCUACAGUUGUUUUAGCUUAA